UGACUAUUCAUCCCACAUUACGACAGAAUGCUGUCUCAGAGGUCAAAAUUAAACUUCAUAAUAAUCGUCAGUCUAUGCAUAGUCAAUAUUUUGAUGACUGAAUCAUUCUUUCAUUCGCUCCCAAUGGCAGUUAAUGAUAAGGGAGGUGUCACUGUCAAUUUUGACGGGAUAAUAUUCACUUUGGACUCUGGCUUUACUUUGACUGUUAACGAUAAUGACUGCAAAUACAAGGUUGACUUGACACCACCAGAGGGAGAUGAGCUGACAAGCAAACAAGGGACUCGUAAUGGUUCUAUACAUUGUAAAAGCUGGAGCAAGACCACGUAAUCAAAGCUAGAAUGCAGCUGUGCAAAACACCAUUGGAGAUGUAGCAAAAUGACAAAGUCAGGCUUCUCACUUGAUGUAUGACUGAACAAUACUUUCAACUGUGUUUAAUUAUUUUCUUAGCUUAGAUAGUAGUGAGUCGAAUACAUUUUAUUUUCUGAUUACUGAGUCUUAUUCUUCCUCUUGUUGUAGACUGGCUCUUCUCCACGAAAUACAAAUUCAAAA